CAGGGCCGCUGUUCUCCGGGCAGAAGAAGAGCCUCGGCUCGGUCUCCUCCGCCAUCUUUGUUUGCGGCAGUGAAGCCGCAGCGGAGCUCCGCGGAGUUCCAGUCCGGCUCAGAGUGCGUGUUGUCCGGGGAGCAGCCAUGGUCCAGACGUGCUCUGCGUACGGCUGUAAGAACCGCUACCACAAAGACAAGGACAUCUCCUUCCACAAGUUUCCUUUGGCUCGUCCAGACGUUUGUGGUAAAUGGGUGGCAGCGAUGAGGAGGAACAACUUCAAACCCACUAAGUACAGUAACAUCUGUUCCCAACACUUCACCAAAGACUGUUUUAAAAGAGAGUGUAACAACAGAGUCCUGAAGGACAACGCCGUGCCUUCACUGUUCACCUGCAACCUCAGCAUCAAGUCGGAGUCUCUGGACCCCUUCACCUCAGAGAUCCACUUCCCCCUCCCUCUGCCUCUGACCUCUGACCCCGUGGAGGAGGAGCGGGAGGCGGAGCCCGAAGCGGCGGGGGGGUGGAGCGACACGGCGGCGGUGUCAUGUGACCAUAACUACACGGCGGAGGACUCGGCGCGUCAGAAGAAGAGGAUCGAACAGCUGGAGGAUCAGCUGGAGCGUCUGAGGAAGAAACUGAAGACCACGCAGCAGAAGUGUCGACGCCAGGAGAGGGCGCUGCGGAGGCUGAAGGCCACGCCCACCGCCACACCCACCGCCACGCAGGGGGGGGCGGGGCCCAGGGGACGCACCGGGGCCGCCGGGGACGGAUACGUCAUUCUGCCCAAACACAUGUACCACACACUGAAAGGAAUGGAGUGAUGGACCAGGACCGGGACCAGGACCAGGACCAGGACCUGGACUGAAGCAGACUGUGUGCAUGUGUGACAGGAUGUGAACUAAACGUGUGUGUCUGUGUUUGUGUCAGUCAUCAGACGGACCCAGACCUCAGAGCCAAUCAGGAACCGCCUCAGAACCUGGAGGUGGGACUUUCAGACUGAAGGGGACGGACCUCAGAGAACGGGUCAGAACCGCUCAGCUCUGGAUCUGCGUGGACCCUGAACAGAACCGGGUCAAGAACCAGAGCUGAUGGUGCGUUCAGGAACUCAGUGACUCUACAGGUUCUGGUCCCUCUGCUGGUGGAGCUGCAUCCAUCAGAACCAGAACUGGGUCUGGGUUUGUGGACCUAGACUGAAGGAUGAACCAGGUCCAGUCUGUGAGACCAGGUCAGCACCCGCACAGAUGGACUGGUUCUACAGGUGGACUAGUUCUACAGGUGGACUGGUUCUGCAGGUGGACUAGUUCUACAGGUGGACUAGUUCUGCAGGUGGACUGGUUCUGCAGGUGGACUAGUUCUGCAGGUGGACUGGUUCUACAGGUGGACUGGUUCUACAGGUGGACUGGUUCUACAGGUGGACUGGUUCUACAGGUGGACUAGUUCUGCAGGUGGACUGGUUCUACAGGUGGACUGGUUCUACAGGUGGACCAUCAGCUGUUCAAGAUCCAAUCAGAACUCACAUGUGGUUCAGGACAACAUCCACAUUUAGACUGAAUUCAGUUUAGUUGAAUUUAAUUCAGUUUAUUUUAUUUCCAUUUCUUUUGGUUUGUUUCAGUUUGUUUUAGUUGAUUUCUCCUCAUGUUUCCACCAGUGGACAAACCAAAUACAGCUGAAUUCAUGU